UAUAUAACUGCAAUCUUCGAAGAACUUGGGGAUUGCGAAAGUUAUAAGGGUGAUGGAGGAAGAGAAUGGAGAUAGCAUAAUCAGGAGUUUAGGUAGAAGUUUGAGUAGGGCAGCUGGCAGUUUGAGAAUGGAAGACGUGUUCUCCAUUGGUUAUGGCAGCACCCACCAUGGAAGGAGCAGCCACCACUCUGUGGAAGACGAAGAGGCGUUGCGCUGGGCAGCUUUGGAGAAACUCCCAACCUACAAACGGAUACGAACAACCAUCUUCAAGUCUUAUAAUAUUCCAGCUGAUCUUAAAAACCAAACACCAGCUGAUAAGUUGCUGUUAGAUGUCCGAGAGCUCGACCAACAUUCUCAACAAGACUUCAUCGACAAGACAUUUAAGGUUGUUGAAGAAGAUAACGAAAUGUUCUUGAAAAAGUUUAGAGAUCGUGUUGAUAAGGUUGGCAUCGUUCUUCCAACAGUAGAAGUUCGAUUUCAAAAUUUGACCAUAGAAGCAGAUUGCUAUAUCGGUGAUAGAGCACUUCCCUCACUUCCAAACGCCACCAGAAACACUUUCGAAGCAAUUUUGGGUAAUAUUGGAAUCAGUUUAUCUAAAAAGACUAAACUCACUAUUCUUAAAGAUGCAUCGGGAAUUAUCAAACCUUCAAGAAUGACACUUUUAUUGGGCCCCCCUUCUUCUGGAAAGACCACACUACUGUUGGCUAUGGCCGGAAAGCUUGACCACAGCUUAAAGGUUAAAGGAGACAUUACUUACAAUGGUUAUAAGCUCAAUGAAUUUGAACCUCGAAGGACAUCAGCCUACAUAAGCCAGAACGAUGUUCAUGUUGGAGAAAUGACUGUCAAGGAAACCUUAGAUUUCUCAGCAAGGUGCCAAGGAGUUGGAUCGAAGUUAGAAAUGCUAGUGGAGCUUGCAAGAAGAGAGAAGCAAGCAGGGAUUCACCCAGAAGCUGAAGUCGACCUUUUUAUGAAGGCAACUGCCAUUGAAGGGGAAGCAAGCAGUUUGAUUACUUACUAUACUCUUAGAAUAUUGGGCCUGGAUAUCUGCCGUGAUACCUUCGUAGGUGAUGCAAUACUACGAGGAAUCUCUGGUGGACAAAAGAAGCGAUUAACUACAGGAGAGAUGCUUGUGGGACCCACAAAAACUUUAUUUAUGGACGAGAUAUCAACCGGUCUAGACAGUUCCACUACAUUUCAGAUAGUGAAGUGCUUGCAACAACUUGUACACCUCACCGACUCAACAAUCUUAAUGUCUCUACUACAACCUGCUCCAGAGACAUUCGAUCUAUUUGAUGACAUCAUUCUAAUAUCCGAGGGACAAAUUGUGUAUCAAGGACCACGAGAACAUGUUCAUGAUUUUUUCACGAGUUGUGGAUUCAUGUGUCCAGAAAGAAAGGGCACUGCUGAUUUCUUGCAAGAGGUUACCUCUAGGAAGGAUCAAGAGCAAUAUUGGAUAGAUAGAACCAAACCAUACAGAUAUAUCCAAGUUUGUGAAUUUGCUCAACACUUCAAGAAUUUCCACGUGGGUGAGAAGUUAAAUAAUGAGCUUUUACUCCCAUAUGACAAAACCCAAAGCCAUAAAGCAGCUUUAGUCUUCAAAAAAUACUUGGUGUCAAACAGGGAGAUGCUGAAGGCCUCAUGGGAUAAGGAAUGGCUCCUAUUAAAGAGAAACAGAUUCAUUUACAUUUUCAAGAGUGUCCAAUUUAUCAUUGUAGCUUUCGUUGGGAUGACUUUGUUUUUUAGAACUACAAUGCAUACUAGGGAUGAACAAGAUGGUGCAAUCUAUAUAGGAGCACUUUUGUUAAGCUUACUCGUAAACAUGUUUAAUGGUCUAGCUGAAAUUUCCCUCACCAUAAUAAGGCUUCCUGUAAUUUUUAAGCAAAGAGACCUUCUCUUUCACCCAUCAUGGGCUUACACACUUCCAACCUUCUUGCUUCGAUUACCAAUAUCUUUGUUUGAGAGUGUUGCAUGGAUGGUUAUCGUGUAUUAUGGUGUUGGGUUUGCUCCUGAAGUUAACAGGUUUUUCAAGCAUUUCCUGGUAGUGUUUACGAUACAGAAUGUGUCAGGGGGGCUUUUUCGGCUUAUUGCUGGAGUGUGUAGGACAAUGAACAUGGCAAAUGCGGGUGGAACUCUUGUACUUCUAUUCAUAUUCUUUUUUGGUGGUUUUCUUAUUCCAAAAGCUCAAAUUCCUGAUAUGUGGGAAUGGAGUUAUUGGCUAUCACCAUUGUCAUAUGGCUUUAAAGCUUUUGCAGUGAAUGAGUUCUUUGCACCUAGAUGGAUGAAGAAAAUGAGUUCGGAUAAUGUAACUACCUUGGGUAUAGCAAUACUAGAAAAUAUGGAUAUACCAAAACAAAGAAGCUGGUUUUGGAUUGGUGUUGCCUCUCUUCUUGGUUUUGCUGUUCUAUUCAACAUUCUCUUCACUUUUGUACUUAUGUAUUUUGAUCCCCCUGGAAAACCACAACCAAUUAUCUCCAAAGAAACAGCCUUAGGGAUGGAGAAUCAACAAAAUAGUAACCAACAACCAACACUUGAAAAGAUUGCAUCAAAGCAAGAUGUAACUCCUCAAUCGUUAUUUGUUGCUAAUGGAAGCAAUUCGAGAAUUAUUGAAAUGCAACUCGGACAAAGUGGAUCCAACUCUUAUGAUUCUAAUGGGGGUGUUAGUAGAAAGGGAAUGAUUUUACCAUUUACUCCACUUGCCAUGUCAUUUGAUGGCAUCAACUAUUUUGUUGAUAUGCCCCAAGAAAUGAGAGAAGAAGGGGUAACAGAAAAUAGGUUGCAGUUACUUAGUGAAGUAACUGGUGCUUUUAGGCCUGGAGUCCUAACUGCUUUAAUGGGAGUAAGUGGAGCUGGUAAAACGACAUUAAUGGAUGUUUUAGCAGGAAGAAAAACAGGUGGUUAUAUUGAAGGAGAUAUAAGAAUAUCAGGAUUUCCAAAGAAACAAGAAACUUUUGCUAGAAUUUCUGGAUAUUGUGAGCAAACCGAUAUCCACUCUCCACAAAUAACUGUUCAUGAAUCCUUGAUUUACUCGGCUUUCCUUCGAUUACCAAAAGAAGUGGGAAAUAAAGAUAAGAUGAUUUUUGUCCAUGAAGUGUUAGAACUAAUAGAACUAGGCAACCUCAAGGAUGCAAUAGUUGGGCUUCCAGGAGUUAGUGGAUUAUCAACUGAACAAAGAAAGAGGCUAACAAUUGCAGUAGAACUUGUUGCAAAUCCUUCAAUUAUUUUCAUGGAUGAACCGACUUCCGGACUUGAUGCAAGAGCAGCUGCCAUUGUUAUGAGAGCUGUGAGAAACACCGUGGAAACAGGGAGAACUGUUGUAUGCACCAUUCAUCAGCCUAGCAUCGAUAUAUUUGAAUCCUUUGAUGAGUUGUUGCUGAUGAAAAGAGGAGGACAAGUUAUCUAUGCAGGACCACUUGGCAGGAAUUCUCAAAACAUUGUAGAAUAUUUUGAGGAAAUUCCUGGGGUCUCAAAGAUUCCAGAAAAAUACAAUCCUGCAACAUGGAUGUUGGAAGUCAGUUCUAAUGCUGCAGAGAUCCGACUCAAUAUGGAUUUUGCUGAGUACUUCAGAUCAUCAAUCAUUCAACAGAGAAACAAGCAUUUAGUGAUGCAAUUAACUACACCCCCUCCUGGAGCAGUAGAUCUUCAUUUUGAAACACAAUAUUCUCAGUCUACAUGGGAACAAUUCAAGUCUUGUAUAUGGAAGAUGUGGUGGAGUUACUGGAGAAAUCCUGAUUAUAAUCUUGUUCGCAACUUCUUCACAUUGGCUGCUGCACUCAUUGUUGGAACAUUGUUUUGGAAGAUUGGUGAAAUAAGGGAGAACACCAACAAUUUGAACACCAUCAUUGGAGCCAUGUAUGGUGGUGUGUUCCUUGUUGGUAUGAACAACUGCCAGACUGUGCAACCAGUAGCAGCCACAGAAAGAACAGUCUUCUAUCGAGAAAGAGCAGCUGGAAUGUACUCAGUAUUACCAUAUGCCAUGGCACAGGUGUUUGUAGAGAUACCAUACGUAUUUAUUGAAGCUGCCUAUUACACAAUAAUAGUGUAUUCCAUGGUGUCGUUUCAAUGGACAGCAUCGAAAUUUCUUUGGUCGUUUUUCAUCAACUUCUUUUCAUUCCUCUAUUUUACAUACUACGGACUCAUGACUGUUUCCAUCACACCAAACGAGCAACUGGCAGCCAUAUUGGCAGCUUCAUUUUACUCGGUCUUUAAUUUCUUUUCGGGGUUUUACAUCCCUAGACCUAGAAUUCCAAAGUGGUGGGUGUGGUAUUAUUGGAUGUGUCCACUGGCUUGGACUGCUUAUGGGUUCAUUGUUUCACAAUACCAUGAUGUUGAGAAAACGAUCAAGGUGCCUGGGAUGUCAUAUGAUCAGCCCAUAAAUUUGUAUAUCCAAGACUAUUAUGGUUAUAGAUUAGAUUUCAUGGGUCCGGUUGCUGUGGUUCUUGUUGGUUUUUGUGUAUUGUUUGUUGGCAUCUAUGUCUUCUGUUUAAGGACAUUGAACUUCCAAGUGAGAUGAACCUACAUUACAUAUCUUAAUACAUUUAUAUGUUUUUCUGAAUUCAACUAGGAACUUAUUAAUUGGGGUACAUUAUCAAAAAUCGUGUCCCAUGGUUUUAUGCAUGG